AUGAGUGCCGAAAAUAAUAUUGGCAGAUUACGCUUGUUGUUUACUAAUGCAAAACCAUACCUGUUAAUGAUUGGCUUGCAAUUUGGCAUGGCUGGCAAUUACAUCUUGGGCAAGGAUAUUCUUAAUCAUGGGAUGAGUCGUUUUGUAUUCCUUGUCUACCGCAAUGCCAUGGCCACAAUUGUCCUUGCCCCUUUCGCAUUCUUUGUUGAAAGGAAAAGUAGGCCCAAGAUGACACUUCCAGUCUUUCUACAAAUAAUGGUCCUAGGAUUUCUGGAGCCAGUUUUUAAUCAAAGCUUCAGUUACUUGGGGAUGAAGUACACUUCGGCUUCAUUCACAUCUGCUAUUACGAAUUCUGUUCCCUCUAUCACCUUUCUGCUUGCAGUCGUUAUCCGGUUGGAGCUUCUAAAAUUUAAGGAGGUUCGAAGUCAAGCCAAAGUGAUUGGAACAUUAGUAACUUUUGGAGGUGCUUUGCUAAUGGCAAUUUACAAAGGUCCUGGAUUCAACCUUUUUCAUUCUGGAAGCACAACCCAUCAUGAAGAUGGAAGCCACUCCUCCCACCAAACCACUGGAGCUGUUUAUAUACUAUUGGGUUGUGUAGCUUUGUCUUCUUUCUACAUUUUGCAGUCCAUAACGGUAAAAAGAUACCCAGCGGAGCUAUCAUUGGCGACCUUGAUAUGCCUUGCGGGAACAGCGCAAGGUACUGCAGUGGCACUUGUGGCCGAGCGUCACUCCCGGGCUUGGGCCAUUGGUUGGGAUUAUAGGCUCUAUGCUCCUCUUUACGCGGGAAUAGUUAGUUCAGGAAUUGCAUACUACGUUCAAGGGAUGGUGAUGAAAACAAGAGGCCCCGUAUUUACAACGGCCUUUAACCCUCUCUGUAUGAUCAUUGUUGCUGGUUUGGGAUCGCUUAUAUUAGGAGAACAAAUCCAUCUUGGAAGUAUCAUUGGAGGCAUUAUCAUCGCACUGGGCCUUUACUCGGUUGUGUGGGGCAAAGCAAAGGACUAUUCAGACCCAUCAGCAGCUGCAGGGGACACGAAAUCACUGCCAAUUACUGCAACUGAUGAUUCCAAAGUUGAUAUUUCUGACUAUUUCGAAAACCAGCAAUCAGCCAAGCAGAAAUUAGAGGAGCCCAACAAAGUGGAGAAAGAAACAGAGUUGUAUAUUGUGAAGGUUUAA